CUUGAUGGGCCACUAGAUACACUGAACACAGAAUGGCUUGACGGCCCUGGUACAUCUGCUUUCGCUGCCGUUUCUAUCACAUUUUAUCUAUGAGCUUCCUCCGUCGCCGUACAGAAUUUCUUUUUCUUCAAACGUAGGAGAUAGGGAAAAAAAACCAAGCAAAAACCCCACAACAAAUGCAACUGUCUCCCCUCAUAUGUCGAAAAGAUUUGCCAACGGCUCUGCGACGCUUGUGUUGUUUCUAGGAGCCAACUGCACCUUUUAUCCGGAAACUUCAUCUGGUGGCGCUAAUGAACAGACCUACCUGUAUACGUUGAAAACUCAUAUCAUACAGUAGGUGGCUUUUUAAGUUAUCGAAAAAUACUUAAAAGUGAGCGGGAGGGGGGUAUUUUAACGCCAAUAGCGAAGGUGUAAUUACUUAACACUUGCAAACAUGGCUGCUACGGGAACGGCAGUGAGAAAAGUUUGACACCGACGUGGGAGAAGUUGUAUGCGAAUGCUAGUUUUGGUACAUGAGUUUGUUGGCGAGAUAAUAAAGUCGUCAGUAGUCUCCCUCCAGCCUGGCACCGCUUUCCCCGGACUUACAAACCAGUGGAUGAACCGUGAGAGAGCCCCCUCCUCCUCUGUAGUCACCGCCGACAGUCACUGCAGUGUGGACUUUUGUGGGGGAACUGUGGUGUCUUCUUCUCCAUCGUGAGCUGUGGUGGCGUUUUUUGAGGACUUGUCGUCGGGCAGCAGCCUGUGUUUCGAGCUAAAAAAAUGCAUUUUUCCAUACCCGAAACGGAGGUUCGUUCGGGGGAAAAUGGAUCAACCUAUGUGGCCUACAACAUCCAUGUCAAUGGUGUGCUGCACUGUCGGGUACGCUACAGUCAACUUCUUGGCCUACAUGAACAGAUAAAGAAAGAAUAUGGCAGCAAUGUGGUGCCUGCAUUCCCUCCAAAGAAGAUCUUCACACUGACUCCUGCUGAGGUCGAACAGAGACGAGAACAGCUGGAGAAAUACAUGCAGGCUGUGCGUCAAGAUCCCUUGCUUGGAGCCAGCGAGAUGUUCAACAGCUUCUUAAGGAAAGCACAGCAGGAGACGCAGCAGAUUCCCACAGAAGAUGUCGCUUUAGACAUCUGCCUCUCCAACGGUCAGAAGGUUACAGUCAACAUUCUGACCUCGGAUCAGACGGAGGAUGUGCUUGAUGCUGUUGCAACAAAGCUUGACCUUCCUGAUGACCUCGUUGGUUACUUCAGUCUCUUCCUCAUCCGUGAGGGCGUGGAUGGAGGUUUAACAUUUGUGCGGAAGCUGCAGGAGUUUGAGCUGCCUUAUGUAUCCAUUACCAGCUUGCGGAGCUCUGAAUUUCACAUACUCCUACGGAAAAGCUACUGGGACAUGGCGUACGAUGGGGAUGUCAUGGACAACAGAGUUGGCCUGAAUUUGCUUUACGCCCAGACAGUGUCUGACAUUGAGCGAAGCUGGAUUCUCGUCAACAAAGACCAGCACCGGCAGCUCAAAUCACUGCAGGAGAAAGGCUCCAAGAAAGAAUUCAUCCAUCUAGGUCAGACUCUCAAAUACUAUGGUUAUAUCAAGUUUGACCCUUGUAUCACUGACUUCCCCGAGAAGGGCUGCCAAGUCAUCGUCAGUGCAGGCAACAAUGAGCUCAACUUCCACGUCAAGCUGCCCAACGAACAGAUGAAGGAGGGAAGCUUCAAGGUCACUCGCAUGAGGUGUUGGCGAGUCACGUCUUCUCAAGUCCCCAUAGCCAAUGGCACCACCAAUCCCUGCAGCUCCUCCAAAUGCGAGGUCAAACUGGAGCUCGCCUUCGAGUAUCUGAUGAGCAAGGACCGCCUCCAGUGGGUCACCAUCACCAGUCAACAGGCCAUCAUGAUGAGUAUCUGCCUUCAGUCUAUGGUGGACGAAUUAAUGGUGAAGAAGUCAGGUGGCAGCAUAAAAAAGAUGCUGAGGAAACGACACAACGGCUCCAUCCACCGGCCAGACAGUCAGCAAGCUGUGAAAUCUCCCCCUCUACUGGACUCCCCUGACCCGAACCGUGAACAAAUCGUCAAACUCUCAACCAAGCUGAGCUCCGUGUCCCUUCGAGGGAUCAGCGCCUCCAACUCGGCAAACGAUAUCAGCGGCAAUGAUUUCCACGGCAACUAUGCUUUCGAGGGAAUCGGGGAUGAUGACCUGUAACCGCGCCACGCCCUGCCCCCCCUCCCCUCCUCCUUAUCAUUCCACUGUCAGCGACUGGGACGACAAAGAUUACAAGCUGAGCUGAGCCGAGCCGAGCGGACCGCACACAGUGUCCGAUUCUGCAAGAUUGUAGCUUCUUCCUGGAGAAAUCGCUGCCUUAAGCUCUCAUUUAAUCUUUGACGGUGUCCUUUUUUCUUUUAGACUCUAAAAGCUCAUUUUAAAUGGUAUUUUUGUUACAAUCAUCAUAUUCAAUUAGAAACUUUGUCCCAGUGUUAUUAAACGUGUGGCAACAUACAGUUAAUAGCAUGUAAAACUACAGGUACUCAAAUAGGGAGGCUUCCUGUUUGGUUCCUACUUCAGUUUCAUUUACAAUGGAUUACUGUUUCAUCUGCAGUAUAUGUGAAGUUCUGUAACGCGGUUCAGUUCAUGAAGGUACAAAGUAAAUUAAUAUAUUAUAAACCACAUAAAGAAAACCUGUUAGAUCCUGGAUUCUUGCUUCGGGUGGCUGCAUGUUCCUGCCCAACCAGAGAGCCAAACGUUCAGUUAGACCUGGCACUAGUGAUAAUACAGCAGAACUGGACAUGGAUAGUUCUCGGAGUCCAGUGAAUGUGUUGAAAUCGAUCUGAAAACUGUAGACUAUUCAGAGCAACCGCUUACUCAUAUGGAUGAUCAAUGUUUGGCUUGGCUAUAUACCAAAAUGUCAUGUUUUUAUACUGUUAGUCGUCCUCCGUGCGUGAUGCUACUCAUGCGCCAAGUCCAUGAAUAUCUUAGCAAGAUUCCAGCGGUGUUUUCUCAGCGUACAUUUGGGGCACAGUCACUCAUACUGCCUUCAGAAAUAGUCUGAUGCCUUAACUUUUACUUUUUAGCGUCGCAGGUUUUUCAAUUAACCAGACAUUGGUUGAGACUUAACAGAAAUGUCAGCGCCAGCCGGUGUUACCUAGAAUCUUGCAGAACUUGAUAGAUGGUUGUCUUUGGCUGAGCUGCUUGCACUUGCUGAACCCAUCAUUUUGCACAGUAUUACAGGUGGAGUUAAAUGUUCGAGUGGAAGCUCGAGCAUGGCUUUUAACUUUGUGUGGAGACUUCUUUUUUUUCCCCAAGGGGCUCCGUAAAUCCAUCUAUGAUUUUUUUUUUUUUUUUUUAAACCAAUUUUUUAAAGGUUUCUCAUAAAUGCCAAAUUAUAGUUUACUAAAGCAUUUUGCACAAAAUAAACAUAAAAAUUAUGACAAUGUCACUUUUUAUAUUAUGUACAUGCAAUUAAGUAUUCUGAACAUUUACUAAUAUCUUUAUCAUCAAUAGCUUAUUGUAAUCAAAUAGAUCAAAUGUAAUCUAAGCUGUAUAGAACAAAAAAGGUUAAGUGGACUAACAUUUAUCAUUGUUUACAUAAUGUUUAGGGGACUUUUUAUUAGUUAAAAAUGGAAAGUGUUUACAAAAUUUUGCAUCUGAUUUUCUUCGUCUUGUUCGUUUUGGGGCGAGCGACGGUGUUGUGGGGAGCGUUUGGGGCUUCAGUUUAUUGUACUUUGUAUGUACAUUGUGCCAAUCAUCUCAGAGGAUUUAGUCGAAAAGGUGCUUUGGUUGAAGUGGCUAAUGUGAUCGCAAUUGCUGGAGUAAACAAAGUUCGUGGAGAGCAGGCAACAAAAUGAACAUAUCUAGCUGUUUUCUAAGACAUGUAAUUCCAUUUUUUUUUUUUUUUUUUAAUCGCUGUUGGCAUCUGUCAGCGUGUUUUUUGAAGCAUCUAAAUGUAAAACAAUGCCAACCUAUCAGCAGCUUUACUCUCACUGGUAGCCAGAACUGUAAACAAAAAUGUUCUCAAUAUAAAUGUCUCGGUCUUUCACUGCUGUUCUUCUUCUCUGCCAUUCAUUUUUGUUUCAUCUAUUCCUGUCAAUAAUGAGUACAUUGAAGCAGCAAAGUCCUGGAUGUUAAUAAAUGUGUAGGUGCCAAAUUACACUUUAAAGUGCAUUUAUCAUCAGCAUCACUUUUACAAUUGCGAGUUUCAUGAACAUUGUAUUGAAUUGAUCAUUCCACUACUUUUCAUUUCAUUUUGAUUUUAGUGGUAAGGUCGGUGACGACUGUCAAGAUGCUACAAUAAAAACUGAAAUUAGGUGA